UUAGAGAUAGGAUUUUUUUAAUGAUCACUUCCUGAUUUGAGGCAAAUGUUAAACUACAGCAGUACUUGAACAGCACGGUUAGACGUUGGUACUGUGWUGUGACGUCAAUGGAUGUUUAUCGRUUCGGUUGGGUUUUCCAGGUUUACAUGAAAAAAUUCCGACCCUUCAACGUAAAACCCAUAUUGAAGUGAACUUUGAAUUUAAUYUUUUUCACACCGGUAUAAAUAYCUGACAAUAUAUUUGAAUAAUAAUCAAUCAUUUAGUAAGAGUUUCUGUUGCUUGAAAGCUGGUAGCAUUUUGUCUAACUGUCUCGUUUGGACUCACUUGUGUACCGAAGAUUUCCGAAGCAAACAUUAAAGUGAUUUGAACCAUCGCAUCCAGAAUUGAUGAUGAAUGAUUGAAAACUAGAUCAAGUUAAUAUGACCAAAGACAAUAAUCGCAUUUCAGUAUUAAUAUUUUUGAUAUUCGUUUUGCCUAAAAAAUAAAUCAUAACUGGACCCAUGAAUCCAUCUUGAAAUGCCGAAUCAUCGACAGAACAUUAUAUUUUCCUUAUCGAAAUAAUCAACUGUAGUAAAACAAUGCGCAAUUUCUUGUUAUAUUCCUUUGUAAAAAUGAACUGUGAAAUAAAAGUCUUCCUUUGGCCUGCAUUGUUGCUUUGGGCAUAAAACGUGCAAUAACUCUGCCUAACGCACAAUGCUGAAGGAUAAUGAAGUACUUUCCCUCAAGCGCAAAUUACAAGAAUAUUCACUUAAAAACUCAUGUUUGGUGGCGGUAAAAUCAGAUUACUUUAUAGCAAAGAGUUCAAAGAAAGUGAAUUUUCCAUCCAAAUGUUUUUCUUGUUGCUGAUGUUGGUUGUAAAAUCGCCGUCAGUUGAAAGCAACUAUGUUGAAACGAACCCUGCACUAUCCAAAAGGUAUUUACCUGGUGACCAAACAGCAUCUUCAGGACAUACAGAAGGUUUUCAUUAUUAUCACAGUUCAGCUCCAGCUCCUCUCGGUUUGUCAUCGCCCUCGCCAACAAUUCCGCAUUCAGUUGCAAAUCAACCUCUACUUUCGGGAAAUGACUUACUCGCCGCCCUUUUUUUAAGUGCAGUCUUACGACUUCCAAGGGCAAAGUCAGAUGUCGGAAAUCAUCCAGAAGAAGUUUCCGUUAAUCCUUACAUAACUUUGUUACUCUCACAAUAUGGACGCUAUUUGCCCAUUCACGCUUUGGGCACAAAAGGACUUUACCACUAUGCAGCUGCAAAUAAUUACCACAAUAAUAAACCGUUUGGGUCAUACAAGGUUUAUGAAGAUGCCAGAUAAGAACAAUUAGUUGAAUAAAAACAACGAUAUUUUAAAGCAAAUAAAAAUGUUCAAGCAAU